CCAGAGCCAUGACUCCACGACACUGCAUCCUGGCUGUCUUGGCUGCUGUCUGCAUCCUUUUGCUUCUCUGCUCACACGGUGCCCCAGUGUCCCCCACAGGCCCUCAGCUGUUGCUGUGCCAGUCACAAGAGCGAUGUGGGGACAAGUUCUACGACCCCCGGCAGGACUGUUGCUAUGACGAUGCUGUGGUACCCUUGGGCAGGACCCAGAAGUGUGGAAACUGCACCUUUAGGGUCUGCUUCGAGCAGUGCUGCCCGUGGUUGGUCAACAGGCCCCGGGAGUCCUUCGUGGUGAAGGUGAAAGGUCACAGUUGUUACUCAGCCCCAUCCUCGGAUGAUCGGGUCUGUAGCAGUGUUGGCUGACAGACGAUCACAGGUCGGUUGGAUGCUGCGCCCUGAAUGAGCCUGAAGAGGAGCACAAUAUGAAUUCUGCAACCUUACAUAUUCUAUCACGGCGCGAUGCAGACGGAGUCCUUUCUCCACUUCCAAAGGAGGCAAGAUACACCCACUCUUCCACUUAAGAACAAAUUUCAAGUUACCAUGACCUGC